ACAGAGGAGCUCGGCGGGGGAAGGAAGUAGAGAGGAGGAGGAGAGCGGCCCCGCGGAGCAGCCCUGCCCGGCGCGGCUUGCCCGGGGAACGGCGGAGAAAGGCCGGGAAGCCCCGGGGCUGCAGGAGGGAUGAGCCCAGGGAGACCCCGGGAAAGGCGGCUGCCCGGAGGGCGAUGCGGGAAGAAGGAAACGGGCGGAGACCCCGAGACGGUCCUGGAGGGCGGAGAGCACUUCGAAAGACCCGGGAAUCCCCAGAGGAUCCAGGAGGGAGGAAAGAGAUUUCAGUGCCCGGAAUGUGAAAAAUCCUUCAAAACAAAUUCACAUCUUAAAAGCCAUCUAAGCAUCCACACAGCAGAGAAGAAAUACGAAUGCCCGGAAUGUGAAAAAUCCUUCAGAAGAAACGACCAUCUUCAAAGGCAUCUAAGGAUCCACUCCGGAGAGAAGCCUCAUAAGUGCCUGGAGUGUGGAAAGUGCUUCCCUCAGACAGGCAACCUUUAUAUACAUCAAAGGAUCCACACAGGAGAAAAACCUCACAAAUGCCUGGAGUGUGGAAAGAGCUUCAGUCAGACCAGCAGCCUUUACAGACACGAAGGGAUCCACUCGGGAGAGAAACCUCAUAAAUGCCUAGAAUGUGGAAAGAGCUUCAGUCAGUUGGGAAACCUUUAUCGACAUCAAUGGAUGCAUUCGGGAGAGAAACCGUACAAGUGCCAGGAGUGUGGAAAGAGAUUCAGUUUGAAGCAAUACCUUUAUAAACAUCAAAGGGUCCACUCUGGGGAGAAACCGAAUCAAUGCUUGGAGGGUGGAGAGGCCUUCGGAAGACUCUGGAAUCCCCAACGAAUCCAGAAGACAGGGAGGAUUCACAAAUGCCCGGAAUGCGAAAAAUCCUUCAAAAGAAACGACCAUCUUCAAAGGCAUCUAAGAACCCACUCGGGAGAGAAACCUUAUACAUGCCUGGAAUGUGGAAAGAGCUUCAGUCAGAGGAGUCACCUUCAUGUACAUCAAAUGAUCCACUGGAGAGAGAAACCGAAUAAAUGCCUGGAGGGUGGAGGGUCCUUUGGACGACCCAGGAAUCCCCAAAGGAUCCAUGAGGCAGAAAAGAAAUAUCAAUGCCCGGAAUGUGAAAAAUCAUUCAGAAGAAAUAGAGAACUUCAAAGGCAUUUAAGGAUCCACUCAGGAGAGAAACCUUAUAAAUGCUUUGAGUGUGGAAAGAACUUCCGUGACAGGAGCACCCAUGAUAAACAUCAAAGAAUCCACAGAGGAGAAAAACCUUAUAAAUGCUUUGAGUGUGGAAAGAGCUUCACUCAGACGGGCAACCUUUAUACACAUCAAAGAAUCCACACAGGAGAAAAACCUCAUAAAUGCCUGGAGUGUGGAAAGAACUUUGGAGAUAGCAGCACCCUUUAUAGACAUCGAAGGAUCCACUCGGGAGAAAAACCUCAUAAAUGCCUGGAGUGUGGAAAGAGCUUCCAUCAAAGGGGACAUCUUUAUAGACAUCAAAGGAUCCACUCAGGAGAGAAACCUUAUAAGUGCCUGGAGUGUGGAAAGAGCUUCAGUCAUAGCUGCAGCCUUUAUAGACAUCAAAGAUUCCAUUUACAAAAAACGUACGAAUGCAGGGAAUGUGAAAAAUCCUUCAAAACAAUUCAAAUCCUUGAAAAACAUCUAAUAAUCCACAAACCAUGUAUAUGCCUGGAGUGUGGAAAGAGCUUCAGUCAAAGGAGAAAUCUUGAUAACCAGCAAAGAGUCCAAGCCUUCGUGAGGAGUCAGGAGCAGAAGACGUCCACACCCUCCUAUGUGGGCACUAAGAAUGGCAGCCCCGAGGGACCACUGAGGCCCUGCCUCUUGCUGGAUGAGAGCUCCUUCUUGGCCGGGUCGCUGGGGUUGAAGGAGGAUUUGCGAGAGCCAUUUUUUGCAGACCCAACUGCCUUGGACUCCUUGCUGCAAGAUGACGAGGAUGACUGGAGCGGCUCGUAUCAGCCCUCAGCCGUCGAAGAAGCCCACUUUGUCAGAGCCCCCAGCAUCUCGCUCAGCAGCAGCCCUUUAGACUCUUUCUAUUGCAAUGUCUCGGACCUCCAGACCUCCUCCCCAGAGCAGCCGGGAAGAAGUGACCACGUCUCCUUUAGCUGCCUUGGGAAAGGGGACCAGAGCUCGUCUAGUGAUCAGAUGUCCCCAGAAGAUGGUUUCUUCCGACUGUUGCCGCUGCGUUACCAAGAACUGAAAGAAGAAAAUUCCAAGUUAAGAAGAACACUAAGCCAAACUCAAGCUGUUGCUGAAUCUCAGGCGGAAAGAAUAAGGCACCUGGAAAAGACCUUAGAGAAGAGCAAACGGAAAGAGGAGAAGGAGGCUCGCGAGUUGGAGGCCAUGGUGCAGCAAGUGGAAGAGAAUCUGCAGUUAAUGACGGUGGGUCUGGGGGCGCUGUGGGAACCAGCCCUCUCCCCUGAACGACUCUGCACCGGGAAACGGGCCGUGAAAGCCGAAAACAGUGUCAUUAAGUUGAAGCAGGAAAACACGCACCUUCAGGUUCAGAUGGAAAGCUACAAAUCCGAGAACAAAGCCUUAAAGUCUGGCCAUCUACAAAAACUGACUGCAGUCAAGCAAAACGCAGAUGUUGCCUUGCAGAAUCUCCUGGCUGUGAUGACAAGAUCUAAGUCAUCAAUAAAGCAGCUGAUUUCUGGUGCAGAAGAUCUGCAGCUUGUGGCUGACCUUCUGAAGUCUCUAGACAAAAUAUCUGAGAUGCCAUCACAAGGAACCCCCUGA